UACGAUACGAUUUCUGAAACUUGAAAAAUUCCUAUGAUGAUAAUAAUAAAAAGGCCACAUAUUUUGCCAAUUUUUGCAGAGCUUUAUAACAUUUGAAGUUAAUUCUAAAAUAGUAAACGAUACUCUUGGUGUACACGACGUUUUCUACUAUGUAUGUCAAAGUAAAUUAGAUACCUUUCCACAAAAUAUAAGGAUCUUUGUGUAAGAAGAAAUAAUCAUUGCAAGAUGUUUGAAACAUGUUCAAAACGCUGUAUGCUGUUUGGGACUGUUAGUUUAGGAGUACUGACCAUAGUAGUGCUGAUUCUCGAAUCGCAAUUGGCCGACAGUCUCUCUGGUAGCCAGAGAAGGAAUAAGACUUUCCCUACAGAAAAUAAUUCAACAUGUUGGAUGCACCAGCCGUAUGAGAUCAUUAAUGAAUGUCAUCCUUGCUCAGAUUUUGAAAUUCGAAGUAAGAGUAUAGGUGUGUGUAUACAUACAAGUUUCAAGGAAAUAUUGAAAUGCAAAAAUGGUGAAACUGUUACAAGAAGCUGUGAUAGAGUGGCCUACUUAGAAGAGAGGGCUUACUGGAAAUUCACAAUAUGGUCAUUUGUGAUCGGAGUUACAUCUGCGUUAGCCGUUAUGUUAAGAAUGCGAACACUUGACCACAAAGCCAGGAUGAGAGCCCGACAGGUUCUAAGUAACGGGACUAUUUAGUUGAGCUCAGAGUUUGAUAGUAAUACACCAUUUCUGAAAUGGUAGAGGCAGAAAGAAUGUAUUGAAACAUAUACCCUUUUCUCGUCUCUUUCACACUAGGCGAUGUAUUAUACCUCUGUCCUGCUGUCAUUUUAAUCAUGCUAUGUUAGAGGUAUAGAUAAUGCAAAUGUGCAUAGUUCCAUAUGAAAACUUUUGUGUUUAUAAAGGUGUAAAAAUUAAAUGAACUAUUUAUUCAUCAAACAAUAUUUUUAAUAAUUC